GUAGCUGCAGCCAUGGUUCAUUAGUGACUGCAUCAACAAUUAUUUUUAUACGUGUUCAUAGCCCAAUUAUAUGUUUUAUACUUUUAUUUGAAUGUACCGCACACAAUGCACGGAAAGCUGAGUGAACUGGAACAGCGCAUUGUAGCGCGCCUCAAUGAAAAGAUUGGCAAAGAUGCCAAUCAGCUGCAUCGGGCUGCGCUGCUCGUUGAUGAAUCCAAGCAACGAUUGCAAGCAAUCAGCCAAAACCUGAAUUACGAGGAUCCACUCAACGUGUCCAGCUACAAGUCAGCGCUCCAAUGCCAGCAGCAGGUCUGUGAGAGCAUCGACUUCGAGCUGGAAAAACUUUCGCAGUUCAGUGCGAAGCUGAAACAGAAGCUCAAGGAGUGUCAGCCGGCUCUGGAUGGCGUGGCAGAGGAUCUACAGCAGGUGCGACAGCUGCAGAAUGUGACGCAAUAUCUGCGCCUGGUGCAAGACAUACAAGAGAUCAGCGCAGCGCUAGGAGCCGCCAUCAAUGGCAAGGACGAGGCUAAACUGGUCAACAUCUACCUGACGCUCUACGAAGGCAACGACUGUGAGCACAGCGUGGUGGGUCGACUGCAGUCGGUGCAGGCAACUUAUCUGAAGUCGUACGCUGAAGCCACAGCCAUCUACUGGCACAAGCUGCUGCUGCAGCGUCUCUCCAGCGAGUUUGAGGCUGUGCUCAAGGCGAUGCGCUGGGCGCACCUGGAGCAGCAGUCGCUCAGCUAUUCCCCCAGUCGUGACACUGCCAAGGCACAACUGCUCGCCGAAUAUAUGUUCCUGAUCAAAUCACCAGCGGAGGAGCAUGAGAAUAUGCUGAGCAUCACGUCCAGCAUUGUGUGCCCGCCCAUUAGUAAGGUGGUGCAGCUGCUGCUGGCUCCGUAUCGCCAGCGCUUCAUGUUCCACUUCACAGGCACGCGGCAAACGAAUCGACUGGACAAGCCCGAGUGGUUCUACACGCAGAUCCUAAACUGGGGCAAGCAAACGCAUUCCUUUGUGGGCAAGACGUUUCAGCCAGCGGCCAUGAAGGCGGGCAAAUUGGACUGCAAUCUAAGACUGGAAUUCAUGCGCGGCCUGGUGCAGCUGACCAUUGAAAAGCUGGCAGUGGACAUUGAGCAAAUCGCGCAGGAUGAGAAUCUGUUUGCUCAUCUGCUGGAUGAGACGCUCGCCUUUGAAGCAGAGCUGCGCGAGACCUUUGGCUAUCCGGCCAGCUUUCCCAGCGCCAUUUCCGUGCUCACACAGCCCAUGUAUCUGCUGCGCUGGAUAUCGCUGGAGGAGCGAUUUUGUGCAGAGAAAAUGGACCAGAUCUUGCAGGCGGAGACGCCGUUUCAGCUGAUAGAUCCGAAUACCUUCGAGGAUGAUCUGAAGAUACCGAAAUGUGCCGAUCAGUUCAUGCGCCUGCUGGACGCCAUCAAGGAUCGUUACUAUGCGCUCAUACAGCCCGGGCAUCAGCUGCAAUUCCUGCAGCUGCAGCUGGAGCUGAUCGACAGCUUUCGACGGCGACUCGUGCAGCUGCACAGCAGCGGAGCUGUGGCCAGCCUGCCCGUUCUGAAUGCCAUCAACUAUCUGAUAAUGGUGCUGCGCGAGUGGGGCGAGAAUGUGCAUUAUUUACAUUUGCAUGCAGCGCUGGCCGGGCCAAAUGCCAGCGAAAUCAAUUCGGUGUUCGAGCAUCCCGUCGCCGAGCUGGAGCACUGGGCACGCCAGCUGAUGAAGAAUCUGGCCAACAAGGCCGUGAACGAGAUGAAGGCGAAGUCGAUGAACUACCGCCACGACUGCUGGCCCAGCAUGCCCGAGCAGAACAGCCGCGAGCCCUUCAUCCUCUCGCCCAGCGGCGGGGAAAUGUUCCAGGUCCUAGUCACACUCCUGCACAACUUGGAGCGCGAGCUGUCCGCCAAUUUGUUCAACCAGACGCUGCGUCUGAUGGCCCAGCAGAUCGACGACUUCAUUCUGGAGGACAUGGUAUUAAAUACGAGGUUCUCAACGGCAGGUGCUGCCCAGUUCAACUACGACAUGACGCUGCUCUUCGCGCUCUUCGGCCAAUACACACGACGACCCGAGCUGCUCUUCAAGCGCAUUCAUGACGCUUGCAAAUUGCUGACAGCGGCGAGGGGCACAGCUCUGCUGCUGCUCGAGACUCUGCGCGGCGGGCAGACGGCGGAGGAGAAGACGAAGCCACUGCAUGAACUACGCGUGCUCGGCCUGGACAGCAGACAGUGCAUCGAGGUGCUCGAGCGACGGACAGACAUUAAAAUGUUUUAAAUAAAGCAAACGUGGAACUUUUAC